UUAUAAAUUCAUGACUCCAGCACUAACCAAGUCUCCUGCAAUCUAUUUUCUAUAUCCGCUCCUAGGUACAAUAUUUUUAUAACUUUUUAUACUUUCAAAAAUGAGGGGGAAAAAAAGAAGAAAGUAUCCCUCCCAAUCAGGAUUCAGGAAAUCUAUAAUUUUAGAAAAACAGCCUGCUUACCCUAAUCCUCUAUCAAGCUAUGCAUACUAUCACCUCCUAUUAACCUUCCAUAAACACCAACUCCAACACCAAAAACUUCCUCUUCUUCAUGAUCUAUAUAUACAUUACCUACAAAGUCACCUAGAAACCCUCUUAAACCCUGCAACAACAUGUUUGCUACUGUUACUGUUUUAAUAAUAACAAUGAACUUCAUCUUGUCCUCUACAAUAACCUCCUAUCUUGUUUGUCUCUUAGCUUUCUUUCUCUUACUAGAACAGAUUAUUUACCUGAUCAAGAAACGAAACCUUCCAGGACCUCUCUUUGUCUUUCCUUUCUUGGGCAAUACAGUCUCAAUGGUCCGGAACCCGACCCGUUUCUGGCAGCUCCAGGCUGAGUUGGCCAAGUCCGGGUCCGGAUUCUCCGCCAAUUACUUGAUCGGCAAGUUCAUGGUUUUUAUCCGUGACACAGAGCUCUCACACCUUGUCUUCGCUAAUGUCCGUCCCGAUGCGUUCAUGAUAGUCGGACACCCAUUUGGCAAGAAGCUCUUCGGAGAGCAUAACUUGAUCUACUUGUUCGGCCAGGAACAUAAGGAUAUGCGCCACCGGAUUGCGCCGAAUUUCACUCCCAAGGCGCUAUCCACCUAUGCUUGCUUGCAGCAGAUCAUAAUCCUCGAGCACUUGCAGAAAUGGGAGAAGCUAUCGACGGAUGAUCCUGAUAAUCCAAUCGCUCUUCGAUUUCUGGUCCGCGACAUGAAUCUCGAGACUUCUCAAACCGUUUUCGUCGGUCCGUACCUGAGCCAGGAAGACAGACAGAUUUUCAAAUACGAUUAUUUAAAAUUCAACAUUGGCACCAUGAGUCUACCAAUCGACUUUCCUGGAUUCGCUUUUCGAGAAGCGAGGCUUGCCGUCGACCGCCUGGUGCUAACCCUAGCUGACUCAGCGGAGCAGAGUAUGAGGAGAAUGGAGAAAGGCGAGGAACCUAUUUGUUUAAUAGACUACUGGAUGCAGGAUACAGUUAGAGAAAUUACAGCAUCCGCCGUCGUCGGGGAAGGAUCGCUGGCUCAAGUCAGUAGUCGUAUAACCGGAAUGCACCUCUUCGAUUUCCUCUUCGCCGCUCAAGAUGCUUCUUCUUCGUCCGUGCUAUGGGCAGUGACUCUGCUCGACGCGCACCCCAAGGUGCUUGCGAAGGUUCGAGAGGAAGUCUCUGGAAUCUGGUCUCCGGAGUCAAAUUCGUUGAUAACAAUGGAUCAAGUGAGGGAAAUGAAGUACACGCAGGCGGUGGCACGUGAGGUGAUCAGGUACAGGCCACCAGCGACGCUGGUCCCUCACAUGGCCUUGCAGGAUUUCGCCCUAACCGAAUCGUACACGAUCCCAAAGGGAACGCUCGUGUUUCCCUCCACUUUCGAAUCGUCGUUUCAGGGAUUCACCGAGGCGGACCGGUUCGACCCGGACAGGUUCUCGGAGAAGCGGCUAGAGGACCAGGUUUUCAAAAGGAACUUCCUGGCGUUUGGUGCCGGAGCCCACCAAUGUGUGGGCCAGAGGUAUGCUUUGAACCAUCUCGUCCUCUUCAUCGCGAUGUUCUCCACGUUUUUUCAUUUCGAGAGGCAGAAAACGGACGGCUCUGAUGAGAUCAUUUAUAACCCGACCAUCAUUCCUAAAGACGGUUGCAUGGUUUCCCUCUCUCGACGUUCUGCACGUUAUCCCAUUCUUUCUUUAGUAUGACGAAAAUACCCUUCAUCUUUUUUAUUUCAAAAAUGAUAAAAUCCCAAAAGUUGAAUUUGCUGUUGAGUUGACUCACAUAAUUCAAAUGAAUUUAUGCAUAUAACUCAACAGUUAGAAUAAAUAAUUGUCAUAUUAGCGGUCGGGAUUCCGACACUACUGUUUUUAUUCGGGGAAAUGGGGUAUGCUUUCAUUGUUCAGUGUUGUUGUUGUUAUAGUGGCGCGUGCAAAGUUUGCAUGGAUCGUGAUUGACGAUUAGGAUUCUUUGAAUUGUUGUUCUUCAAUAAAUUAAAUGGUGGAUGAAUCAUUUGGGAUAUUUGGGUGUGUUUGUGGCAAUCCAAUAAACAAGCCUGUUUUAUUUUAGUGAAAUAUUCUU